GGCGCUUCGACCUUACUUCCUGCAAACACGGCCGUUUGCCAUGCCUUGGCCUGCCCCCAUCCCCCCCCCCCUCCUAAGCUACGCGUAGUCCAAUUGCCUCACAAAACUCUGACGACGAUACCUCCUCUGACAAUCCCUCAGCUGACAGUCUGAGCCGUUACAUUCCGACCGAUACAAGUUGUCAAAUGGCAUCACUACGGACUCUUCAAAACCAAGGUAAUAUUCCCAAACCUGCGCAGAUUAAUUGGUUCAAUCCAAGAACAGAUCGAUUGGUAGACUGGCUUGAGAAACAUCCUAAACAUUCUACUGCAGUCACCAAAGAAGAGAAUCGGGAUGCCUCAAGAUCUACUAAACAUACAAAGGCCUCUUUAUAUAGAAGGAUUGCUAGACACGUUUUCAAGAAUGAUUCCAAUGUGAACUUGCGUAUCGCGGUUGAUCACCAUCGCCAACAAUUUGGAUCCACUGGUAGUGGCCUUGUGGCGGGGGAUCUGUCCGAUGCCCUGUACAACAGUCCAAUCAAACGAGUUCGUGCUAAAUUCCCGUGGUGGGACCGCCUCAGCACCUUCUGGUGUGCAUCGCUGAAGUAUAAUGCGAAGCCGGCAACAUCAGCGCAUGGUCAGGAUCUCUCGGGGAAGGCUAUGGCGGUUCUGUUUCCAAUGAGGGGUGACGAUGAAGCUUUCCAGUGUGGCAUGAACUCACAUUUCCAGGGUGGUGGGUGGGAUUUGGUCGAACACGAGCAGGAUGGCGGUGACGGCAGCAGCUAUCAGCAGCAGCUGUCCCAGCACCAGGCGCCGUACCAGCCAUCUCAGCAGCAGCAGCCGUACCAGCCGUACCAGCAACAGCACCAGCACCAGCAGCAGCCGCCGUAUCAGCAGCAGCAGGCGGCUGUGUAUGCGCAGUACGGCAAUCCCUCCCAGCAAAUUCUAUAUAGGUCGAAUCCUUCGCUCUCCAGCUUGCCCUCCGCUACUCUGCAGCCCCAGCAGCGCUACGGGCAAAUCACCAGCACAACCCCGUAUAUGGCUUCCCUGGACUUCAACCCAUCUGACCCCUCACUAUCCAGCCUGUCCAUCAACAGUAACGGCUCGGACACCUCUGUCCCUGCGGUUCAGUCUGUCGCCCCCAUUCCUCCCGCUUCUAUCACCCGUCCCCCCAUCUCGGUUACUGGCCAUCAGCGCCAGCUCAGUGGGGGGGGUUCUUUGGGUCGGGGGCAGUCGCCUGCUUGCAGACAUUCACCUGCUCGACCCGUUCACCUGCCUCAUCCCACUACUCCCACUUCAAAACGUAGCCGCAACGUCAUCAAAUUAGAGGAUCCGGAGCCCAAGAAGAAGGCUGAGCUGAAGCAAACAAAGGGCAAGAAGCGCGAAUCCGAGGGCGACCGCUUGAAGGCGUUGAUGGAGCCUGUUCUCCAGGCAGAGAGUGAUGGGAUCAAGGCCGAAGCUGACCUGAAGUGGGCGAAAUACGCACAUUCGACAACACUUGCACAGGGCAAGAAUUUGAAGACGGCCAAGGAUGCCAGGGCCGAACUUACAGCCGCACUCUUUGAGUUAGCAAAGCUGCAGAUGGUGCGCGAACAAUGAGAGGGUUGAGGAGAUGUGAUUGAAGUGGGCGGUUCAUGAACAACGCACAAUGGAACUUCGCUACCGGAUGAGCCUGACUGGAGGACCUCCCCCCCCCAUUUGUCCGCACCUGGCCCUUCUUUCAACGCCAGCUCCAGCUCCAGCUCCAUCGCCGCUCCAGGUCCCACCUCCAACGCACUCGGAACAUCCGACUUCACUGUCGGCCUAUCCCAAAUGCUAAGCGAAGGAGGUGAAGACUUCAUGUCUACCAUGACAUCUGUCCUCCAAUCUACUGACUUCGCCAAUCCCACAAUGCCCCCCCACAACUCGUUCAACGAAGACAGUGAUUUAUACAGUGACAGGAAUGAAGACGGCGACAGAAUUGUGGAGGACGAGGAUGGGGCCUGAUCGUACUGUGAUCUGGAGUACAUUUUGUUUUCAUUGUUUAUUACUGCCUUGAUUCAUGUACUAUCUGCUGUCUGUGUUUUUGUAUGCCUGUAUAUGAUUUUUUCCCUGCCGUUUCAUUUUUUCUGCCGUUUCAUUUUUUCCACUUUUAUAUUUUUUUUUCUGCCAUUUUAAACGCUGUUGUGAUGUUACUUCCGUUUGAAUAUGUUGUUAUGCUGUUAUGUUGUUAUGUACUGAUGAACAAUGCAUACUGUAAUAU